AUGGCUGUUUUUGGGUGCGGGGCCCACUUCCACGCUGAAGAAGAUGCGCCUGGCGAGUUUGUGGAGCCGGCGGAAGCGGCGAAGUGGGUGGAUGAGGCGUCGUGCAUCGCAGUCGAUGUGCGCGAAGACUUCGAGAUCGCAGAGCGGGGACCACUCCCAGGUGCUUUUCAACUGUCCUCCGGCGCCAUCAUGUUUGCAAAGCCGGACCUGGACAAGAAACUGGAAUGUCUCCGGCGCAACAGCAAGCCCAUCGUGUGCUACACGGACAAGGGCGUGGAGAAGAGCCGCUGCGGGGUCGUCUGCCAGUGGCUGGUGGACAAAGGCUUCCCUGCAGAGCGCCUACGGCGGCUGAAAGGCGGCCGUGAUGCCUGGCAUGCGGAAGGCUAUCCUACUUGCGUGUAUGGUGAUGAGAUGUGGCAGCUGGCCAACCAAGCUCAGCUGAGCGGUUCGCCCCUGGGCCGGUCGCUGAGGUGGCAAGUCAUUGGCGGAGCCGACAAGGGAGGCAUCUUGGUGAGAGAAGGCGCCGCCUUGACGUCGCCAGCCUGCGAGGAGCGGCUGAAGACAGGCUCCAUCCUCGAGCAGGUGCAGCUCAAAGGCGAGAGACUUUGCUACAAGCUGCUCGAAGGUGACGGCCCGAAGACCGGAUGGGCGAGCAUCCGGCUGUCGGAGAAGGAGCUCAUUGUGCUGCACUCUUUGUGCCCCACUGAACGCCUCUUGGGCAGUGCGGUGAGGAUCAGAGGCCUUCAAAGCGAUGCGGGCAAGGCCUUGAAUGGACAAGAGGGUUUCGUGCACUCCUUUGACGAGGAGAAGCAACGGCUGGUCGUCAAAGUCUAUGGCUCCGGCGAGGAGCGCGCGCUCAAGGUCAUCAACCUCAUACCAAAGGCCUAG